GGAGGCGGUCAGGAGACGGAACAACAAGCGGCAACGUUAAAUUCAAAUAAAGCGGAUCCGCAAACCCUCGAGAAUGCAGUAUUGUCCCCGGAGAAUGGGCUAUUAAACCGUAAAAGCCUGACAAAAAUUCUUGGAGAAAUUACAUCUCUAUAGUUUAUGAAAUCGGCCAACUUUUUGACCAAGUUAGACAGUGAAACAACCUGUUAGACCUUCUACUGCCCACGAAAGAACCUAGUCUGCUUUUACCGUAAUUGGAACAUACACUUGUGCCAAAAUGGCAAGUUAUGGCAGAGGCAAUCAAAUGCGUGCUAAGAGGAAGAGUCGUUUUCAUGAUGCAGAAGGUGGAGGUCAUGCUGCAGGUCCGUCUUUGAACAUCCAAGCAGCUCUUGGGACAUUGUGCCAGAAUCCACACUUGGCUGGCUUAAUAAAUUCUGGACAGGGUCAGAACUAUGGCCCGCAGGGUGUGGGACCAGGUCAGAACUUUGGUCCACAAAGUGCUGGCCAGGGUCAGAAUUUUGGCCUGCAAGGUGUAGGACAAAGAGUUAAAGGUUUGAUUUCUUCAGCUGGUGGGCCCUCACGAUACAGCGAUACUGCUAGCAAUAGUUUGCCUUCCUUGUUUGGAGUUAGAAAUCAGAAUCAACAAUCUCACGCUCAUCAGAAGCAAAUUGAUGCAGACAGGGCAAGUAACAUUUUAGCUGCAUUUGGUCUUUCAUCCAGGGAUUUGGAUGAAUUGAGCCACUAUCCUGAAGACAAACUUACACCUGAAUCCUUGCCAGAAAUUCUUAUGGAGAUUAAAAGAAGAAGGGCUAAUGAAGGAGCAUCUUCAAAAUACAACAGAGGUGAUGGUUCCCUACGACAUGACCGUUCCUAUAGAGCCUCUCAUGAUGACUGGGAGGAAGAAAGACAUUUUAGGAAACAUAAUUAUGCCAGUCGUGACUCCAGUCUUGACUCAGUGGUUGAAUAUGGCCACGGUCAUUCUUCUCGAGAGUCAAGUUCUAGAUAUGACCGGAAGGACUAUGAACGUGAACGAUUAAGAGGAAAUGAUGACUUUUCCAGAGAGGAAAUGCAUCUCUCUGAGUCUUCGCAUAAUUUUAAUAAAUUUGAUUCUGAUUAUGGAAGAUCUGCUCGUCUUCCUUCUCCUCGUACGCAUGAAAGGUCUCUCUUUGAGAGAAAACGAGGAUCUCCUUCGUUGAACAACAUAAAUGAUUACCAUGGUUUUUUGCCAGCAGUCUUCCCAUACUUGUGUUCGCUGUGUGAUCUAACCAUUCAUUCUGUACAGGAUUGGAACCAGCACAACAAUAGUUCAACUCACAGACGCCUUUGUGACCUCCUUGUGGAAAUAUACCCAGAAUGGAACCCAGAUGUCUUCCCAUCUCAAAUGGGCGAUCCACUUGUUCUACAGUCAACAAAUCUGGCCCCUGGUAUUCUGGGGCCCCCGCCAUCUGGCUCUUUUCUCACAUCAAACCGAGGACUCGGAGGAAUGGAAUCGCAUGGCGCAUCAAAUAGGAAAGGUCCCAUGGAUAACAAGCAAGGGAACAAUAUUCAGAGGAUAAAGAAGCCACUCAGAAUGAAUGUAAAUGAAGAUCCUGGGCGAGUGGUUCACAUUAGUGAGUUGCAGCGAGGUAGAUGUAUGAAUCGUGACUUAAUCAAACUGGCUGAACCAUUUGGAAAAGUUACUAACUUUUUGCUUAUAAAGUCAAAGGGUGAGGGAUUUGUGGAGUUGGCCUACCCUGAAGCAGCUCAAGCCAUGGUGAAGUUUUACCAGAUGAAACCUACUUUUGUGGAUGGCAAUUUUAUUAGAGCAGAACUGUCUCAAAAAUAUAAAAAGUUGACCAUAAAGGGCAAAGAAAGUGAAGACCGCUGCCGAGUGGUCCACAUCAGUAACCUGCCCUCUGUUGGUUACUCUGAUUCAGAUAUUGUGCGCCUUGGUACACCCUUUGGCAAAGUGACUAACUACCUACUGAUGAGAGUUAAAAAUCAGGUUUUCCUAGAAAUGGAAACACAUCAUAUAGCGAUGACCAUGAUUGAGAAGUUCAAGAAAAUCCCUCUGAUGUUCCAUGGCAGAGAACUGAAAGUGUACUUGUCUCAAAAAUAUAAGAAUCUAGUGCUGAGAAAACAAGGUAGGGGUGUAGACGAACUGCUCGGAAUCAAAGAGCGAGAAAACAGGAAAAGGGGUCGUUCUCACAGUCCUCCUUCCAAAAGAGCACGGUCCCCCACCAAUAAGAGAAAAGCUCAGGAAACAUUGGACACUUCAAAGGAAUCCGAUCAAGACAGUGCACAGAUGGGUUCGCCUUCGGGUGAAGAGGAAACGGAUCAAAAAGAGAUGGACGGAGUGAAUGUGGAAAAUAUAAAAUCAACAAGUGGUCCUUCCACGGGCACUGAGAACUGUGAGGAGCUGGAUGGGUCAGUGGAUUUACUGACUUACCACGAGUCAAUGAACAUCGAGUCUGAUCUUAGUGGUAAAGAGGGUGACAAGGAGGUGGAAUCGGAAAGAGAAAUAGAAAUUGGGCACUUCAAUGAUGGUGAAGUUAAUGAUGCAGAACCAAGCUCUCAGAAUACAAAACCAUUAAACGAAAAGAGAUCAGGUGGCAUACAUUGUCCAGAAUAUACGGAGGAAUUAUUUGCUCACGAUGAGAUAGAUGAUGAAAAUUCUGUUCUUUCUAAGAAAAUAAGAUCUAUGCAAGGAGACAAAGUUGAUGCUAAUUUGGUCAAAGAAGACCAAGAUGUCAAAACUCAAAGUUGCGAUACAAGAUGCACCCUGGAUGAAAAAGCUGAACCUGAUAUUCAAAGUGGCGAUGGAUUAAUGAAAAGCAGUCCCAAAUGUGUUGAACUGACAACUGAACAGAUCCAGGUGCUCUCUCCUCUACCUGAUGAAUACAAGCUUGGGCCAUAUAAACCCAACAAUCCUGUAGGAUUAGAUUAUGUUGUUCCAAAAACAGGCUUCUACUGCAAACUCUGUUGUCUCUUUUACACAAGAGAGGAGACAGCGAAGCAGACUCAUUGUGGCACAAUUGAACAUUACCAGAGACUUAAGGAAGUGCUGGAUAAACAAGCUGUGGGGUACUGGAAAGAGAAACAGCAGCAAGUCAUUCCGAGUGACUGAACAAGCGCCUACAACCACAGCCCAGUGAGAAGCAUCUUUUCAGUAUUACUGAAGAUAUUAACCCUGGGGACAUGACCUUUUAAUAAUUUGGAACUGGAACAUUUUACAAGAGUCUUGUGUUCCAAUGUUCAAAAACUUAGGGCUGCAAAACAUUUUGAAACAUUAACAAUAUGUCAUAACUUUUCAUAUUCAUUGUUGUUGUUGGUGUUGAAGCCAUUAAUUGUAUCCCCACUUGUAGCGGGCUAUCUAAUCUGACAUUCAGUUACCAGUGGCUCAUCCUGAUCUUUCAUUAAAACCCCAAACAUUUACUCUGGUCUGUUUCUCAUCGUACCUAUAUUUUCAAACUUCAGUAGUGGAAAUAUGGUUCAAAAUCUUUUUAAAGUGUGGACAUUGCAUCGUCACAAAAAUAGCCCAUUGCAUCAAAAGCUUGUAGCAUGCAAUAUUGAUUCUGUUUAAACACCUGAAAUUUGUUUGUGAAAGAUGAACUUUUAACACUCAUCGCUGGCCAUGUUUUUUCAGAUUAAUUGAUAACAUUGUAACUGAUAGUGAUGGAGUGAAUAUUCUUCUGAAAGUAAUCCAUUUUAAGAAAUGAAAUGGUAAUAAAUGUAAGGUUAAAAGAAAAUUGAUCACAUCCAUCAGUGUUCCUUGCUAGUUAAAAUUACAGUUGUAGUUCUGUUAUGUUUACAACCAUAAAUGGGGAUUUUGUAAUCUGGGUUUGUAAUACAUUGGACCAACACUAAUAUCCAUCCAUCUCAAACCAAACUAAGUACACUUUUUUAGGUUUCCUUGAGUGUGUGGAAAAAUGUACCACAUGGUCUGCUUUCUUAAAAUACUCCUUUAUUUAUACAUUUUUCAGUCUUAUAUAAAUAGGAAAUAUUGUCACCUGUAAACAAAGUGUCAGUGUGUAAAUGUACAAAGUGCAUUUGAAUUUGAUCUCACCAUCUUCCCAACAUAAAUUACCAUAAAGUGUUGUGUAAAUCUAUUUCUCUCCCCAAAAGAUUAGUUAUUCCGUGAAAGCAAUCAACUAGUUUAGUUUUGUAAGCAUUUUGAAAAACCAUAUUCCAUUCUUCUUGUGAUAUUACAAAUUAAACAAAAAAAUUGCAGAUAUCACUUGUAUGAUUUUGUUUGUACCAGAAAAUGUACAACUCUUACUGACUGACCACUGUCACAUGCAGUGUCAUUAGGACCAAGUGUUUAGUUAAUGUUAUGGUUAGAUGUUAUGGAAAUAACUAUGGUUGUUAAGAUUUUAAUUGCAGAAAUAGUUUCUUUUUAAUAUUACUGUUGUUGUAUUAAUUUUAAAUUGUAACUUGAGGCACUGUAGUCCCUGUGAACUUGUCAAGUCCUAAAUUGACAAAAGGAAGGUUUAACAAAUCUGAAUGACCAACCAACUGAUUCUCAAUGCAAGAAUAAAAAAAUGUAUCUUGAAAGUCCCCAACAAUGUUGUUUAUAUUUUUAGACUAUUGUAGACUUGGGAUAUUGUUAACAACCUCUAUUGUGUGUUCACUCUUUUUCGCUGCCCACGAUUUUCUACUUUAGUCAAAUAUAUUGAAGAGCUCAGUGAAGUCAGGACUUUUAUACAACAUAAUGGCUCUCGGGAGUUUAGAUAUUUGCAUCAUACCUGCAUGAAAACACAAAAUCUGGAAUGGAAUGGUGGGGUUUCUUUGAGUUUAUUCCCACUGUUGUCUUUGCUGCAUUCAUUUUGAGCCAUUAUAACCUUUCAAAUGGAUAAUUAAGAGGCAGGAAUUGCAAGUGUUGCUUCAGAUCUUGCAUAUUAACAAUAUAGUGUAACCGUAUAUUAUAUAUUUGCAUAAAUUAUGCAUGUGCAGUCAUGCAUGCAUGGAUUCAAAGGCACUGUGUACACAUUUUAAGGCGAUUCGAGGUAUUUUUUACAUUAAAAAAGAUAGUAUUCCAUAAAAAUCCAAAGCUCAAUUUUCACAGAAUUGAUCAAUUAAAAAAUCCAUUUUUUUUCCUUUCAUUAAUUGUACAUUUUCUCAAUAUCAAUAUGGAGUAUUUAGAAAGUCCAAUAUAUAAAGCACAGAUAUUUUACUGUCUACAUGGAACAUAUACAGUGGCAAAAUGAACAUUUCAAAGAAAUGCUCCAAAAGCUAUGGGUUAUUGUGUUCUGCAGCUGGUGUUAAAGAUAAGGUGAGGGGUUUCUGUUUUCGCUGUCCUAAAUAUACACAUGAAGUGGUUUGUUAUUUUAAGUUGGCCUGUCAAAAUUAGAUCUUUGUCUUCAUCCGCAUUUAACUCAAAUUCUUGCUUAUGUGUUUCUUAAAGCAAGCGUGCUUGUCUUCUAGAACUAAGAGUGUACCCAGUAGACCUCUGAGAUGGUAUUGGUAUUUAAAGUAUUCAGACAUAUUAAAUCAUUGCCCAUUAUAACUGUGAUGUAUUCUUGUUUAAAUCUGUGGUCUUUGGACAGAUAUCGUUUUGUAUUCAAACUGUUUAAGCAUUGUUCCUUGAUUUUGAUCUAUAAUGAACCAAAUACAAAACAAUGAAGCCUUGAUACAUCACUUGCCUUCCAAACAAGGGUUUAGAAUUAGUGCGGAGGAUUGCGAUGCCGAUUACUUGCUUGACGGAGAGUGUUCCCAGUUGCUGUGCAGGUGUGGUUGCACACCAGUUCUGCUUGGGAAUGUCAGAUGGCUCAUCGAGCUUCAAUGUACCUUCCAAGUAGAAAAUAGCUGAAGUAGAUGCUGCAAUAAGCAGCUUGGUCAGCAAGUUACUCAUUGAAAAAUGGGUAGUGAAAUAUGUCGACUGGCUUCCUUACAUUUCACAUUUGACUUUGUUGUUUUAAAUUGUUUGCUUUUAAACCAUUUCUUCUAACCUUGAUGUGUCUAGAAACAGUUGGAAAUGUUUUAAAUGAUAAAAUGUGAAAUUGUUGGUUUAUUUUGUUUGUUUAAAAUUGUGCUGUUGAAAAGGUUGGCUAGAAUGAAGAAUCUGUCAUACCUGAACACUAAACAAUAAAAACUUUUAUAUUGUUAUUGGUGAAA